GUGUGUGUGUGUGUGAUGCAGUGUGGUAUGGGGUGGGCGCUGCUGUAGAUGCGACCAAAACUCGAUUUCUCCCUUUUCUCAGUCUCACUUCUUACCUUCACACAUACAGACAGGUAGGGCACAGGGUUCUGGGAGUGUGUGCACACGUACACAUCGCACACAUCCAGAAGUAUCCACACACAGAUACACACUCACCGUGAGUGACCCAUUGCCAUUGGCCAGGCCCACCAACCCUCUGCCUGUCCGAGCUGAAGAACAGGACCAUUUGGGAAAGGAGGAGAAAGAGCAGGAAGAUGGUAACGCUGAGGUUGAUGUGGGGACUCCUGGUCCUGUGUGUGGUGGCAGCCUCUCCCCGCAGAUACGUCCGACAAGCAGAACUAGAUAAAUUCUACAACAACAAUGUGGAUUUAGACCUGAAUGUGGAUACCGAUGAUGUCUAUGACUAUUAUGAUGGAAUUGAUGAACCACAGAUAGAGAUUGGCACCUUGAGACCUGAUGAGGACGUUGAUCCUUCACAUCAUGCCUCAUUGGAGGAAGAAGAAGAGGAGGAGGUGGAGCAUGUGGAGCCUGAAGAAAGGAGGACAGCUGAGGGGAGUGAAGACAAUGAAUUACCCAUAAAGCCUCAGCAUAUUCCAUCGGGCUCUGGGGAGUCAGGGACUCUGAUGGGCCCUAGUGCACAGGGAGAGGAGGAGCUUCGUCUGACGCCCAUUGACAUCCUUCAGAUUUCUGGGGACAUUUCGGGUUCUGGUGACUCGGGCUCUGGAGACUUACUUGAUGAAAAAGCGUCCGGUUCUGGAGAGCCUUUGGGCUCUGGAGGUUCUGGGGACUCUGGGGACAUAUCAAGUUCUGUGGACUCAGAGGACCUUGGUUCUGGAGUCUCUGGGCUUUUUGGUUCAGGCAUAAUAUUGAUCUCAGGUGGAGAGGAGGAGCUCCACUUGAUGGUUGAAAACAUUCCACACGAGGCCUCUGGGGAUUUUGGAGAGUCUGGAAUCUCUUUGGUAUCUGGAGCUUCUGGGUUCCCUGAGCUGUCAGGCGAGCCUUCCGCCUCUGGGGUUCUUGGAGAUCCUGUGGCUUCUGUUGUACUUGAGGGAUCAGGAGAGUCUGGGGCUUCUGGAGUACCUGAGCUGUCAGGAGAGUCUGGGCUCUCUGAGGUGCCAGAGGUUUCCGGAUAUUCCGGGACCUCCGGGCUGCUUGAGAAAUCUGGAGAGCCUGAGGCAUCUGGGAUGCCUGCGGCAUCUGGAGGACCUGAGGCAUCUGGAGAGCCUGAGAUCUCUGGGUCGCCUGAGAUCUCUGGGUUGCCUGAGGUAUCUGGAGAGCCUGAGGCAUCUGGGUCGCCUGAGAUCUCUGGGUCGCCUGAGGCAUCUGGGUCGCCUGAGAUCUCUGGGUCGCCUGAGGCAUCUGGGUCGCCUGAGAUCUCUGGGUCGCCUGAGGCAUCUGGGUCGCCUGAGAUCUCUGGAGAGCCUGAGGCAUCUGGGUCGCCUGAGAUCUCUGGGUCGCCUGAGGUAUCUGGAGAGCCUGAAGCAUCUGGAGAGCCUGAGAUCUCUGGGUCGCCUGAGGCAUCUGGAAAGACUGAGAUCUCUGGGCUGCCUGAUGCAUCUGGAGAGCCUGAGAUCUCUGUGGUGCUUGGGGUCCCUGAAAAGCCUGGACCCUUUGAUGUUGAAUUUGUUUUAAAAAAGCCUAGGGUCCCCGAAGAGUCUAAACAGCCCGAGGUAACUUUGGAAUCAGGAGAGUCUGGGAGCCCAGAGGAGUCUGGGGUGACAGAGGCCCCAGUCAUCACAAACGAAAUAUUAAUACCCGACUUAGAUAAAGAGGAGGAGAUACUCCUAACUACCCCGACCACUCCCUUGGAGGGGACUGGGGUACCUGAUAUUGACAUAGAUACAACAGGUAUGGGUACCUGUUUGCUCUGCACCUGCCUGGUCGGAUCUGUGUACUGUGAUGACCUGAAGCUGGACCAUGUUCCUCCCCUCUCCAAAGAAACCACUCAUUUCUAUGCCCGCUACAACAAAAUUGCUAGGAUCGGCAAGUCUAGCUUCGCCAACCUGAAUAAAUUAAAGAGGAUCGAUCUGACUAGCAAUGGCAUUUCCUGGAUUGAUGAUGAUGCUUUCUUUGGCCUUCCUGCUCUGGAGGAGUUGGUUUUACGAGAGAAUAGUAUUAGACAACUUCCUGCUCUGCCACACUCUAUGAUCCUUAUUGAUGCCUCUCUCAACCACCUGGGCAGCACUGGCAUUCAGAGAGAAGCUUUCAAGGACAUGCCAGGGCUACUUUACCUUUACCUGACGGACAACAACAUAAACCACAUCCCGGUUCCUUUGCCUGACAGUCUGCGCUCUCUGCACCUACAGAAUAACAAUAUCCAAAUGAUGCAUGAGGACACCUUCUGCAAUCCACAUGACUUGAAUUACAUCCGCAAUGCUCUAGAGGACGUUCGCCUGGACGGUAAUCCCAUCAACCUCAGCAGAACCCCACAGGCCUACAUAUGUUUGCCACGUAUCCCCAUUGGUGCCCUUAUUUAAGCGGAGAAAACGCACAUUCAAAUGCACG